AUGAGGAUUGGAGAAUCCGAGAGGAUGAAGCACUUUAUUUCCACAACCGCCAGGCUGUUCCUAAGGCGGAUGAGAUCAAAAAGACAAUUCUACAUGAGGCGCAUACAUUGCGAAGUUAUUCAAGAGAAUAACAAGAAGAUAGCUCUUAUCCGAGAACGACUGUUAACAGCUCAAAGUCGUCAAAAGAGCUAUGCUGACCGAAGGCAUAGACCUUUGGAAUUCCAGGAAGGUGAAUUCAUUUUAUUGAAGGUUCCCCCACGCAAAGGAGUUGUCCAUUUUGGUAUAAAAGGGAAACUUGCGCCAAGGUACGUUGGACCAUUCCCGAUCGUGCAACGAGUUGGUGUCGUGGCGUAUCGUCUGGCUUUACCGCUUGAGCUAUCUCAUGUGUAUGAUGUGUUCCAUGUCUUCAUGCUUCGUAAAUCUCAACCUGAUCCAGAAGCUAUGGUACAAUGGUAUGACGUUCCGAUACAGUAUGACGCGACAUACGAGGAAGCACUAGUUCAGAUUCUUGAUCGGAAGAUGAAGAGUUUGUGUCAUCGUGAGAUUCCAUUAAUGAAAGUUUUAUGGCAGCAUCAUGGAGUUGAGAAAGCAACAUGGGAGCUUGAAACAAUGAUGCAGGAGCAGUACCCGCAUCUGUUUUCACUGUGA